AACUGUCACUGUCACUUUUUGUUGGUCGUCCAAAAUGAUAUGACAUAGAGGGGUGUUGUUCGGCAAAAUUAAGUCAAAAGAAUCUGGAGAAUUUUGAACGUAGUUGUGUGAUUAAUAUGAACAUAGUGUUUUAAUCGGAAUAGAAUUUAACAGAAAAGAUUAAAAAUGGCCUAUUACUAUAGAACUUUCAUGGAAACGUUUUGGUGUGAGCACGUUUGGUUACCCCCUAACACCACUUGGAAAGACAUAGCUCCUGAUGCGGAUCCUAAUGUUCGUCAUGCUGAUCCAAAACACUUAUUUUAUCCUUUGCCGAUGGCAUUUGUACUGUUAUUUUUACGAUAUAUAUUAGAAAAGUACUGGUUUGCUCCUGUUGGAGUAUCAUUAGGAAUAAAAAAUAAUAGACCAAAAAAGACACCCGAUAAUCCUGUUCUCGAAAAAGCAUAUACACAGUCAAAAAAGUGGAAACAUAAACAGGUACAAGGUCUGGCUAAACAGUUGGACAUUAGCGAAAGACAAGUAGAACGAUGGUUGAGACUGCGCAAAGCACAAAACAAACCAUCAACUUUAGUUAAAUUUUGUGAAAAUUCGUGGAGGUGUCUAUACUACACUCUUAGCUUUAUUUAUGGUUUAACAAUUUUAUGGGACAAACCUUGGUUGUGGAAUAUAAACGAAUGUUGGACUGGUUUUCCACAUCAAGACGUCACUAAUGAUAUAUGGUGGUACUAUAUGAUCUCUAUGUCAUUCUAUUGGUCGCUGUCAGUGAGUCAAUUUUUUGACGUUAAACGCAAAGACUUCUGGCAGAUGUUCAUUCAUCACAUUGCUACUAUAGUACUAAUGUGUUUAUCAUGGAUAGUUAACGUAUUUCGAAUUGGUUCGCUGGUUUUAGUUGUACACGAUUGUGCUGACAUAUUUUUAGAAGCAGCUAAAAUGGCGAAGUAUUCAGGAUAUCAGAAAAUUUGUGAUAUAAUUUUUGCUGUGUUCACAGUACUUUGGAUAGUAACUAGAAUAGGAAUAUUCCCAUUUUGGAUAAUCAGAAAUACAUCAAUCGAUGCACCAAAAAUAGUACCCAUGUUUCCGGCCUACUACAUAUUUAAUGGUCUGCUAAUAUUAUUGUUGUUCCUUCAUUGCUUUUGGACUUAUUUAAUUUUAAAAAUUGUUCACAAUUCGCUGAAUGCAGGCCAAAUGGAAGGUGAUAUCCGCUCGAGUAGCGAUGAAUACAGUGAAGACUCCAAUAAAUCACAAUGAAAUUAGUCCAAGUGACUAGUUAGUAUAAGUUUAUUUUCGUACAGGUUGUUUCUGAAAUGUAUAGAUAUGUACUUAUUUAUGUAUUCUUCGUGUGUUCUAGCUGUUUGUUAACUUUCAACGACCGAAGGUGGCAUAAUUAGGAAAUGGUAUUUAUUGUGGUUGAAGUAUUUUUGUAGGAAUUAAUUUCCUAAAAUUAAGAAAUUGAAGACAGUUAUUCAAGAAGUGGUAGUAAAAUGAAGUUUUUACUAAUUUAUUUAUUUAGUAUUUAGCAUAAAAUCAUAUUUUUAUUUGAAUUUGCUUUUCUAUAUUACUAUUAUGUUAAAAUUAUUAGAAUUAAAAAAAUCUCACAAAAUGUUGUACCUUAUAAUGAGGAUAGUUGUUGCUGCCAAAAUAUUAGUUUCAUUGCCAAUUGCGGCAUUUUUUAGUAAAACUUUUCAAUGUUUUUGCCGGAAUCUCUUCUAGACUAUAUAUCUUAUCAAUUUCUUGAUCAUGAUUGGUGUUUUUAAUUUUAAAUUCAUUCAUACUCUAUAUUUUCAUCUUAUAACCAUACUGCUACUUAUUAUGCUCAAAUAAAUGCAAUCCUGUUAUUCUAGUAUAUACGAUACAUUUACAUCGGAAAACAAAAAUUUCCAGUUGCUAUUCGCCAAAAAUCCAUCAAAAGUGCUGAUAGACGCAUAUUAAUUAUAUUUUGGUAUUUUUUGUCUUUUAUAUUCUUCCUUUGAAACUUAUUCCUAGUCCUUUUGGUACUAUGUAUGUUUCUGGAUAUUUAUAUUUGUAUAAUCCUGCUCUGCUCAUGUUUUCUCUGCUAUACAGAUAUAUAUUUUUGUGUUACUAACAUUACGCAUUUAAAGACAAAACCAUAAGAGAAAGAAAUGCAGCAGGUAGAAAAGCCAUUACAAUGUUAAACUGUAUUUUAUGGGACCAAUCCAUCAGCAAAUAAAUAAAAAAAAAUGAUAUGAGACUAUAGUGAAAAGUAUACUCUAUCCAGCUGUAAAAUAUGGCAACUGAAAGAAGGAACAUUGGCAACGCUGCGCGCUGAGAGCAACGGAAUUGGAUUUUUGGAGAAGAGCGCCAGGAAGAUCUAGGAGAGAAAGAUUAACAACGAAUAUUUUAGAGAAAGACUUCAACAAAAUAACUUACCUGGGUCGGACAUACACAAGGAAUGAAUGAACAACGAAAACCAAACGAAAUACUAAAAUGAAACCCAGAAGGCACAAGAAAACGAGGCAGACCGAGAAAAAGAUGGAGAGAAGGAAUAAGACAAAAGGUGAAAGAAAGAAACAUAGAAGAGCACCUAUAUGGAACGAGCGGAAGAAGUGGCGAUUGGCAAGUCGGAAAACGUCGGGACACGUUAUAGACGGACAUGUAGUAGUUACACAUGACAGGUUAAAACCGACACGUUAAUUAAACAACGAUUAAUAUUGUUAUCGUUUAUUUUCAUUAAUCCUUAUAGGGCCGGUUUCACCAACAACAAAUAAAUCACUAAAUAGUUAUUCGUCUAAUCAAAUUUAUUAUGGUUCAUUUUUUAAAUAGGAGGAGUAAUUCAAAUUUACCGCGCCGUAAUGCUUGCUUGUAAUUGGUCCAACCGCAAGCAAGCUUACUCCACUAAAUUAUGAAAUUUUGACAGUUAUAUCGGUGAUUUUUUGUGUUUUCUGCAAUAUUUCUUUAAGUUUUAUAUAUUUAGUCUGCAUUUAUAUAAAAACACUUGUUUUUAGAACUCUUUAGCGACAUAUUAGUAUAUAAUGUUUAUGGAUUACCGUCGAAGGCCGAUAUGAUCAACCAAAAAAGAAGAUGGAUCUGGUUAUUUUUCUAGUGACAUUAUUGGGUGUGAAUUUGUCUGUUAAGUUUGCUCCUCCUAUUUAACAAAUGAACCAUAGUCGAUUAUAUUUUUAUUGUAUUUCAAUACAAUUUUGAUCCUUUAAAGUUAACUGACGAAUUUUCUUUGUUAUAGAUAUUUAAAGCAAGAUUAACUUGUCAAUUUAUUCGAAGAGUAAAUAUUUAUUUGUUAAAUAAAUAAAAUAAGUAGUAUUUGACGUUAGUGAAACGUGGAUGUGUCAGUUGUAUUGAUCGAAUAAACUAAUAUUCGUCGUUGGUGAAACCGGCCAUUAAUCGGUUAAGUGUAAUUAAAAAAGUUUGUAAAGCAUCAUUUGUCUUAACCAAAUUUCCUUUGUAUUCAUUGUAGUUCAUCUUUUUUAUUUUGUAAUUUAGUCUUUAUCCAAAUAAAGUUAAUGUUAAAAAAAUUUGCUCGGUGUUGGAAACUAGCAAACAGGAAAUCUAAGUACUAACUUUCAUUUUAGAAAAAACCUAUUUAUUUUCGAUAAGUAACACUUUUGUACAUAUUUUUGUAGUUUUUGUUAUAAUCUAUUGUGAAAAUAAGGCAUAUUAUGUACCUUGUUCAAUCCAAAGAUUUAGAUAAUUUGCAAAAAAUGUAUCUACUUAUAACAAUAAAAAUAAGAGUAAUUUGCCAACUAAUCGUUAAACACUUUAUUCGCUAUGUGCAAGUUUGGAAGAGCGACACCUAGUGUCAUAGAUCAACGAAAUUUUUAGCACUUACAAUACAGAGCGAGUUUUAUGUAUGGAAACACUAAAUUAUCUCGGAAACAGCUUGCACGAAUUUUAUAAAUUUGAAAGGGUGUCCUAUUUGAAAUAAGAAAGUUCAUUAGAUUUCAGAAAAAACGGGAGAUCUGACAACAAUAUAAUUACCACUGCGGCCGCAUUAGAAAACCCUUAGAUACCAAAACAUAUAAAAAUCGUGCAAGCCGUUUCCGAGAUAAUUGCGUGUUUCCAUACAUAAAACUCACUCUGCAUAUUAGUGGUAUAUAAACUACAAAUAAAAUGACUUAAACUCGUUUAUUUAACACAAAAAUCAGUGUAAUUUAUAUCAGUAAUUAACAUUUUAAUGAAUUUUUAACUGUAAUAAUGGGUAAGUAUAAUUUUUACGUUUAGAUUUCAUCAUUUGAACAUCUAAGAUAGAGGUUAUUAAAAGGUAUGGUCCUUAUCAUGAGCAUUUUUCAUGCGUCACAAAUGAUAAAAAAAAGGUAAGUCCGUGAUAAUACACAUUUAUAACAUUUAUUCUAACAUGACAUUGUAGUUUAAUCUAACAGUUGUCACAUUUUAUUUACAAAUUGGCAUAAAAACAAAUCAAUUGUGUUUCUUGCAUUUAUAAAAUGGUAUUUUCUUUGAUUUGUAUAGUCUUAUAAAUUGUACAUAUUAUAUUCGUAGAUAUAUUAUUUAAUUCGUAAAUAAUUUUUUUUUCGAUUAUAGCGCCAUCUAUCGACAUAUACAAUAAAUGUUAUAAAUGUCUGUAAUCACAGACGUGCCUUGCCUUUUUUCUGUCACAUACAAUUUAAUGCGUUAGAAAAAAAUCGAAAAACUGUGACGCACUUAAAGAUGCUGAUGAGAAAAAGAAUAAACAUUGUAUUAGUAAAUACAGUUAAUGAUUAAAUUGCAUUGUACAAUAAUAUCCACUGUAAGAUACAAUUAUUUAAUUAGAUUCACUUUAAUAAUUGCACACCAUAUCAAUAUUUUGGAACAAUAAGCAUGCAGAAUUUAGGUUAUGUUACUUACUUUUGCUUUAUUGUGAUAGAAAUUCAUUUUUCUCUUUACAUUAAUGUGUGCUUAUAAUUUGGAAACAAAUAGAACUUGAAUUGACUAAUUCUUGUUGUAUUUUACAAUUUAUAACACAGCAUUUGCGAAAUCUCAUUUUCUUCAAUGAUAGUACUUAUGAAAUGUGCUAAAAAAUGCAAGGUUUCGCCUCUUCACGCGCACGAUUGUUUAUCUUAUCCCCUCGUAAGUACUUGCACACAGCGAAUAGAAAUAAAUAAACAACAUAAGGGCGCGUCCUUAGUGCACGCUGGUUUCCGAGUCAGACAGCGCCGAGUCUGUGUGCGAAUUAUCAUUCGUAUUUAGUUGUCAGCGCGCUGGUGCACUUGGGGCAGGCUCAUUUAAAUACGAAGGAUUUAGCUACACCGACUCGGCGUCGGCUUUCUGACUCUGAAACCAGCGUGCACUAUGGACGCGCCCUUACAUAUUUUAUUUUAAUCCGAUUUUCUUAAAAUUAUAUAAAAUUGUUAUUGGUUCUAGGUGUAUGUUAGCAGUAAAAAUCAAAAUAUUUUAUGAAACCACUUAUCUUUGUAAUAGUAUACUAAGUAUGGAGAACGGUAAGGGUUUUAUACCGAUCGAAGACAAUUGUUUGGAGGAGGAGCGGAGCGACGACUCCAAUUAUUGUCUGAGAUCGGUUACCCUUAACGUUCGACAUGCUUAUAACGUUUUUUGCACGAUUGAUACCAUUAUAAAUUAUAAAAUUAAACAUUUUCGUCAUAUUGACUAGUUUCAUUCAUUUUAUCAAGAUAGAUACUUGGGUUGUUAGGUAGUAACUAGGGUGCAUAACAACAAUGGAGAAUUGAGUUUUUAUUUAGUUGUCAAUAAUUUUAAGUACAAUUUUGAUUAUUAUAAAUUAAAAUAUGAGCGAAAGUGAAUUUGAAGAAAUUGAACGGGCUUAGGAAGAAGGGUGUUCCGCAAUUAUUCCCGAAAAAUCCAAAAUCCGUUAUCAAAAUACCUACCAAAGUUUUAAAAAAUGGUGCGAAGGCAAGAAUUUAAGAAUCGAAGAAAAGACUCUAUUGGCAUAUUUCGUUUAAAGACAUAUGCAGUUAAAAGCUCCUGGAAUUUGCCGAAAAAAUAUUGUGCAAUACUAGUAAUACUACUAAUGUAUGAGAUUCUGCAGGAGUUUUUGUUAGAAGUGAAACCACAGCCCAAACAAGUGGGAUUUCAUUAAAUAAUUUAACAAAUUGUACCAUAAGUUUCAAUAUUAAUAAAUAAUUCGUUAGUUUUCUUUAUUCUUUCAAAAAAUAAAUUAAAAUUAAGAGGAUCGGUAGUUUUUUCGGCUGUAAUGCUAUUCAAAUGGGGAUUCAUUUUUUUCGAAUCCUGAGAAAACUAAUAAGUAUUUUUAAAAAAUUUAAAAGCAGAAUGAAAGAUUGCGUUAUUAGCGAGGGCCGAAAGUCCCUGAGAACUUCUAUAAUGUUUAUUUUAAUAAGUUACAGGGGUGAAAAACUGAGAGAAAAUUUAGUGUUAUUUUUAAUUUCAAAUAUCUCAUUCAAAAACUUUUUAUUUAUUCUAAGGGACUUUCGGCCCUCGGAAAUAAUUUAGUCUUUCAUUCUGCGUUUAGAUUUUUCAAAAAUAUUUAUUGGUUUUUUCAGGAUUCGAAAAAAAUGAACACAAUGUCCGUGGUAAUUUUCCAAAUCUAUCUUUGUCAUACAACGCACUCAGUCGAAUAGAAUAUUGUCAUUCAGACACUGACAAUCAGUGACAAUUUUAAAUAAUUAUUUGACAUGAAUCGGGAAUAAUUUAAGUUGUUGAUUAAAUAAUAUUGAUGUAUAGUGUAUUUGAUAAAUAAUUGAUUUAAAAGGUGAAUUUUAUAAAAAGUUAUUUAUUGUGUAUUAUUUAUGGAAGAUAUAAGCAGAUAAUACAUCAAGAUAUAUUCUGUGAUCCAAGUAUUUUGUUGUUAAAGAUGUUCAAAAUUGUAAGCGUUCCAUAGUAACACAUAACAUAGUAUUAAAAAAUCACUUUAACACUUUUCCUCUUUUCUCGAUUGAGUAUUAGUUUUUGUUGUAGGUACAUUUAAAUUAUUACAAUCACUGAAUACAUAGCUAGUGAAAAAAUUAUCACAUUUAUUAACUGAAUUAAUAAUUUUCAAUUAUACCAAAAAUAACAGUUAUUCAAGAACAUUCAAAAGCCAUCUCUUUAAGCUAGUUAUGACAUUGUCAAGUAGAAUGACAUUCUAGUAAUAUGUACAUAUCCAUACCAGUGUGAAUUUUACUACACGUAAUUUGCCAUGUAAAGACAGAAAAGGUAGGGAUAGCCGUAAAAUAUUUGCGAAUUAUGUACCCAUGGCCUUAAGAGAUUUUUUAACUCGACGGUAAGUGAAUUACUUACCGUCGAUUUGGAGUACUUACCAUCGAGUUGGAUUACUUACCGUCGAGUUGCUAGUAAAUGUCACCUACUGACGUAAAAUCUGUCACGGUAAACAGUCAAAAAUGAUCAAUCGUGCAAAAAAGUGUUUUAUUAGCUUUAAGUUAAGAAUAUUUAAUAAGUUAGGAGAUUUUUUUGCAAAUUAACUGCUAUUUUAUCGGCACUCAUACAUAUUAUUUUUGAGGUAAGUAUUGUCUACCUCUUUCUAGUGAAAUACAUGUAUCCUGUUUGUACGAUAUAAAGAUAUCCUAAAAACCAGAUUUUUGCAUUAAACAUUCCAAAUGUCAUGUAGCGCAUAUAUAAAACAUCAAGUUGGUAAAAAUAUAUAGUUUAAUAAAGAAUUUACCUUUAUAUUUCUAGAGGAAA